AUCACCACAAAGCUGGUUUUCCCUCGAAUAUCAACCUUCGGAAGAUAUACCAUUUUAAACACCCCUCCCCUCCUCUCCUCCUUCCUGUCUCUUUGUCUCUCUCUUCUCUGUUCCUGCUGGGAAGGGAGAGAUGUGAAUUUCAGAAUGUUCAUGUCACAACUUUUCUGUAAAUUAUAUAUCUUUUUAUCUGUUUUUUGAAAUCUUUUUGUUGGGUGCUUUUUGAAACUAUUGAAAUCAUAACCAUGGAAGGCAAAACUGUUCUGGAAAACCAGAAAAUUGAAGAAAUGGAGGAAGAAAGCAAUCUUCUUGUAAAACAAGACGAAAAAAAUUCUGACUCAGAAUCAUUAGAAAAUGUGAAAAAUGAAGAGCAAGGCACAGAAACCGAGAAAAAGGAAGAAGAAAUGGAGGAAGAGCAAUCGUCUCCAAGGGGAGUUUUGGAGAUACCCAUAUCAGGUUCGGAUUCAGAUCAUAGCAGCAGGAGCAGCAGCCUGGAAAGAACCAGCAGUUUCUGUAGCGAAAAAUCGUUUUUGCAAAGAGGAAUUUCUGGGGAAUUAGGCUAUGGUUUACAAUGGAAAAAUUUGUUGGGUCAGAUAAAGAAAAGGACUUCAGUGAGGAGAUUGACAACAAUUCCAUUGUUGGGUGGAUAUGACUUUUCGAAGAAGAGUUUGAGAGGAAAGUUGGGGAGGAAUCGUAGUACAGAAGACACCAUUAAUUGUGGAGAUGUUGUAGUCCCUAAGCCUUCUUGGAGGAAUUUUACCUAUGAUGAACUUAAACAAGCUACUGAUAAUUUUAGUCCUGAUAAGUUGCUUGGGAAAGGAGGACAUGCAGAAGUGUACAAAGGGUGCUUAUCUGAUGGUCAAAUUGUAGCAGUGAAGAAGAUAACGAAGAAAAAGAAGAACGACGAGGACAGAGUCGGGGACUUUUUGUCCGAGCUUGGGAUCAUAGCUCAUAUUGACCAUCCGAACGCUGCUAGAUUAAUCGGUUUCAGUGCCGAUAAUGAUUUGCACCUUGUCCUUCAAUUUUCUCCACAUGGCAGCCUUGCCACAGUACUGCAUGGUGGUUCUGAGGUGAGUCUAGAAUGGAAAAUAAGGUAUAAGGUGGCUGUCGGGGUUGCUGAAGGAUUGCAGUAUCUUCAUUAUGACUGCCAAAGGCGCAUAAUUCACAGAGACAUAACGGCCUCAAACAUCUUACUCUCUGAAGAUUAUGAAGCCCAGAUAUCUGAUUUUGGACUAGCAAAAUGGCUUCCACAAAAAUGGGCUCAUCAUGUGGUUUCCCCCAUUGAAGGCACUUUUGGAUAUAUGGCUCCGGAAUAUUUCAUGCAUGGAAUGGUUCACGAAAAGACUGACGUAUUUGCCUUUGGGGUUUUGCUAUUGGAGCUCAUAACAGGUCGUCGUGCAGUUGAUUCAUGUAGACAAAGCCUCGUAAUGUGGGCAAAACCGCUUCUGGAGAAGAACAACGUCAAAGAAUUGACAGAUCCUAAAUUAGGAAACAAUUACAAUGUUAUCGAAAUGAAGCGUUCCAUUUUUGCAGCUUCAACAUGCCUUCAUCACUUGCCCAACAUGCGUCCCAAUAUGAAGAAGGUCGUUCAGAUAUUGGGAGGCGAGAAUGAACCAGUAGACAUGAAACAAAAAUCCAUGGGAGGAAGAGCUUUGAUGGUAGAUGCGUGUGACUUGGACGAUUAUACUGCUACAACAUAUCUCAAGGACCUAAAUCGUCAUAUGGAACUAGUCAUGGAGUGAUCUUUCUCAUAUAAGGAUUGGUGCAGUGUUUUUUCUGUAUAUAAAGAAGCUUUGAAGUAGUCUGCUUUCUGCUGUGUGGGCUUUUAAAGAUGAAACCAGCAGCAGAAUUAUCUUUUGCCAUUAGUAAGGAUGAAGAAAGACUCGAGAUUUCACAGAGUUUUCAUGUUUUCUUUCAAGUUUUGCUUUAUCAAGCAUGAAGGGGCAAACACAAAUUAGAUGCAGACAAAAGAACGGAUGUAUUACAAAACAAAAAUAUGAAAAAUAGCCAUUAUACUAUGUUUGCUUUUUUGUAGCUUGAUUCUGAUAUUUUUGAUAUUUUCAUGACUCUGAAAGAACCAUGGUCUGAA